AUUUAAAUUUGAAGACUAUAUUCCACCUCUAAGGGUGGCAAACUAGGAGAUGAAUCCGGUUUCGCGCACUUUCCGUUAACCGAUUCCAACAAAACUAGGCGAAUAGAAAUAAUGUGGUCUUCGCAUGUACUCGUGACCACGAUAAUAGGUACCGCCCGUCGUAUCCCGCACGACCCAACGGCGCAAUCUGCACGUCAUUUCUGUUUACUACAAAAAUAACCUAGUACCGUGAAUUGCGAUAAAAUAGUAUAUGUCUGUGGAUAAAACGGAGUAAAAGUGUUAUAUAUGUCGCUUGUAAUAUAACGGCUUACAUCAUCGUUACUUUAGCUUAAUUGAUCUGAAUACAUAAAGGCCAAAAUACACAUGCUUCCUGGUGUGUUUAUUACCACUAAUCCUGUCUGCUACAAGCAUACAAGCGCCAGUAUAUGUGUAUUUUGGUGUUUACUUUUAAAACCAUGACAUUUCGUGCAUUUCAGCUGGAUACAGUAUACGAUCUGAUGUUGAAUAUUAGCCUUUUAAUCGCGCUCCUCGGUGGCGUGGUGUUCAUUGUCAGCUUCGCCGGAUGCGUCGGCGCACUCAGGGAAAACACGUGCUUGCUCAAAUUCUACUCGCUGUGCCUGCUGAUCUUGUUCCUGGUGGAGAUGGGCGGCGCUGUAUGCGGGUUUGUGUUCCCGAGGUCUUUGCACGGUCUUCUCGAGCUAAGCUUCACUGAGAGGGUCGUCCACGCGUACAGAGACGAUCCUGACUUGCAGAAUUUCAUUGAUUUCGCGCAGAGUGAUUUCCACUGUUGCGGUCUAACCUCAGAUGGAUACAUGGAUUGGUCCAAAAACGAGUACUUCAAUUGCUCGUCACCGUCAGUGGAACGCUGCGGUGUGCCUUUCUCAUGCUGCAUCAAUGCCACUGACAUUACAUCAGGGCUAGUCAAUAUAAUGUGUGGCUACGGCGUACAGAACUACCCGGUAGCAGAAGCAAGCAAACGCGUCUGGACGAGCGGUUGCAUAGAAAUCGUGCGCUCUUGGGCAGAGCGUAACUUAUACACAAUUGCCAGCAUUGCUCUCGGAGUGGCGCUGUCGCAGCUCUUUGUGAUUUACCUGGCUAAGACUCUGGAGGGGCAGAUCGAGCUUCAGAAGUCCAGAUGGCAAACAUGAAACAGGGGAACCGCGGGCGCGUACCGCGACGAGUGCCGGCGCGCGCUUCUGUAGCACGCGCCCCCCGCCCCGACACACGGACCGAGACCUCCAGGACCACCCCUGUUUCAACCUCAGAGUCACUUGGAACGGUCACCCUUCGUAUUGGAUCCUCAGGUAUCUCAAUCACAAGGGUAUUCCUCAAGAGUUCAAGGUUAUCCAAUGGGUCCAGACUCCUCGUCGUCGGGUCCGCACCCGCAUGGGGCCGCGCCCGCACUACAUAUAUAAUUGUGCCAUUUAAACAUGUAUUUAUUGUUGCAUUUCAUUAACACUUCCAAACUUUUUAUGGAUAUAAAAUAAUGUAACGGUAGAUUGGGUGACAUAAACGUGGUCUUGACACGUGCUGCGGGGCUUUGGGGUCUUUCGAUCAAUCACAAUCUUUAUAUUACCUGUGGUGUGUGAGAGCGAAACGCGUUCGACCAAUUGUAAGCGUUCCUCUUUAAACCACGCAAAAAUCAGUGUCAUAGUCUAAUAAGACAAGAAGGGUUAAGGUAGAACUCCGAAGUUGGCUUCCUGCAGUUUUUAAUACGAUCGGUUGUAUUCUGGUGCUUAAUACAAUUAUGUCGAACUAUUAACCACAACCAGAAAAGGAGUUAUAUAGCAGUUAUAUAAGGAAGACGAAUACUACGAUACACUCAGUUUGCCAAUUUCUUCCCAUAUUUUAUCCUAUAUAUCUCGAAUCAUAUAGGGUGUAAUGCAAUCUACUAUGAGUUCGUCGUUAACAAACGGGACUGUUCGCGUCUUGAUCUUGCUACACAAACUAUCUUGAUAAUGAUAUUGAUAAAUAAAGAAACCUUGUUGAUCUUAAAAAUGGUAUUUAUUUCGUUAACUUUAUUACAAAAUGAAACACCCGCUUGCUUAUGACAAUGCCUUGAUUUGCAAAUGUGUAGAAAUUAUAACUAAACAUAAAAAUGUUGUUGCGGUGACAUGGUUAAUGUGCGGUAUUAACCCUACAGGGACGUUAAGUGACGCGCGGCGGCGCUGCUACAGAAACAGUAACGUCACGGAAUCUCAGUCGUUUGCGUUGGUCAGCGCUUGCUAUGAAUUCAUAUUAAACAACAUAGGGUCGCGGUCGCCGGUCACAGUCGCCGGUCGCGGUCGCCAACAUCGGAAUGUUACCUUAAGUUCACACAAACGUAGCAGUGCGUCUUGUAUGUGUGCACGCCCGAGCUUUGUACGGACGCACUCAUUCACAUAAUCUCGCGGCGUCUUUCAUUCCAAAGACUCGCACGAAGCGUUAUGCUUCCACAUUUAUAUGGCGAUCGGCUAUGGAGUGGAAUUCCUUGUCUGCAGACUUGUUCCCUGAACGUUAUAACUUGGGCCUUUUCAAGGCGAGAGUGAAUAGGCAUUAUUUAGGUGUGUGUGCUCCAACGUCGACCUCAUUGUUAUUUUCCAUCAGGUGAGAUGGAGGUCAAAUGUGCACUUAUAAUUUAUAAAAAAAAACAUGUCGCGUCAUAUAAAAUAACAAUGUGACAACCCUACGCUCCUAGGGACGUGUAUGCAUUGAUACAACGAACAGGCGGGAGUUGCCCUUUUUGUCUUAUUUAUACUAUGGCCGUGUAAUGAUUGGUCGAAAGGAUUUGAUAUUUGUAAUCUCAGUGAUAAUAAUUUUGAGUAGUGUGGAGGCAUAAAAAAAUCGAGAGACCGUUACCCUUCGCCCCUAGAACCAUAGAAUGACUGUGUCUGUAGCAGUUAAUCUAUAGUAGGUUUUGAAUAAUUGAUGUAUCAGUAUAACUUUGAGAUAGUACGUAGUAAGUUAAUUAAAAAAUAAAAACACGUCAAAUGUAUAUUAUAAUUGAUGACGAGUAUAUGAAUCUCCAAACGAAUGGCAAAUUAAUUCUGUGCAGUUCGCACAAGGUUUAUAAUUAUGUCAAUAAUAAAGCCGACCAAUUGGCUAUUGCAGACUGCAAUUUUCCUCUUUAUUUUUAAAUCGUAUUGAAAUGUUCGUAUCGUAGUAUUAAGUCCCAUGAAUUUUUAUUAUGCUUUAGUUAAUUCGCCUCCAUUCAAUUUAGCACGAAACCUCCGGCCUGCUUGUCACUAUAUUGUGAUGUCAUAAGUGUAGUAAUCGUACAAGCGAAAAUGUCGCCUGGUAUAGUAGUAACAUUUUAAAAAUGAGAUCUCGUUUAAAUACUUGAUAUUUGGUGCCAAACUGCCGGAAGUACAAAUCUAAAGUCACCAGAAGUGUUAUUUUUCUAAUUUCAUUUGGUAAUACAUUACUCAGAACGAAAUUUCAAACCCCAUAAGCACAUGGAUAUAUUUUUUUACUUUUUAUUAGUUUUUGGCACUGGAUACAAGAACACUUUCAUAUCGUGAGACGACCUCGGUGGUCUAACGGUUUGUACUGUGGCCACUGGAUGAAGAGGUUCCGAUGACAAAAAAUUAACGUGCGUUUUCAAACUCACACACUUUACGUACUUUCGUUCAAUCAUUGAGUAUAUAAUCAGAAAUAGAGACGAAAUGUCAUUUAAUUUGUUUGAAAACUGUUCUGCCAAAUCAUUACUGUGACAACUGCGCU